CUUGAAUGAUAUAUCAGAUAAUGAAGUAAGUAUUCCUACUGAGGCAGAUAAAGAAACUUCACCGGAUACAUGCAUUCCUACCAUUCCCUCUGUCUCAAUGUCCCAUAUCUCUAAUUCGGAAGGCAAGAUAAGCGAAGAUAACAAAUCUUUAUCCAAGGAAGAGGUAAAUGAACCCGAUGAUGACAAGGAUUUCCACAAAGGUGAAGAAGAAUAUAAUUUCGGCCGAGUAUUCUCCGAUAAUAACAACGAAGAUGAUAAGAAUUUCUCUGAUGAUGUGAGCUUCUAUGGAUUUUCGGAUGACGAUGAUGAAGGAUAUUAUUAUGAUUUAAAUACUGGCGAAACUUAUAAAAAAUCAGAAUCGUUCAAUCUGAGCAUAUUAAUGUAA